GCGAGUUUAAAGUCCAAGUUGGAGAGCUGGAAGCCGUGGACACCUGCCUUCCUCCUCCCGCAAUUCUUCUGGCCCCGGGCUCCGUUUCUCCCUCCCUCUGCGGCUCGCCGGGCCGACCCGCUCGUCGCCCGGAGAGGCAUGACCUGGAUGGGGUGGCCAGGAGCCCCUGGACCUGGGUGGCUUCUGCUGGUACUGCUCGUCUGUUCUUCGGCCAUGGCACACGACUCCCGAUCGUUGGGCGUCCAGGUCGUCGCCCGGGACAACACAUCCAUCAGCCUGAACUGGACAGCCGUGGCCAACGUCAGCCAUUACUCCGUCAGCUGGUGGGCGGACGGGGGCAAAAACGGCUCAGAAAACACCACCCUCCCCUAUAUUGUGGUGGGCGGUCUAGACGCAGGGACCUGGUACAAUUUCAGCGUGAUCGCCGCCGGAAACACUAGCUCGGACAACAUCGGGGCAGCCACAGUCCCUAACGAGGUGACGGGCUUGGAGACAGUGGACCGGAGCAAUACUUCCAUCACUCUCAACUGGACGACGCCCUUGGGCAGCCCGGAUCCAGACUACAAUUACCAGAUCAACUGGACCCUGAGUGGAGUCCCCAAUGGGACACAUGACACCAACAGCACUUCUAUCACGGUGGAGAACCUCCAGCCGGCGACCCUGUACGUUUUCACCGUGGAGGCUGAGCGGUACCAAGUCUACAGCGGAGCCACGGCGCUCAGCGAUGCCACAGUCCCUAACGAGGUGACGGGCCUGAAGACAGUGGACCGGAGCAAUACUUCCAUCACUCUCAACUGGACGACGCCCUUGGGCAGCCCGGAUCCAGACUACAAUUACCGGAUCAACUGGACCCUGAGUGGAGUCCCCAAUGGGACACAUGACACCAAAAGCACUUCUAUCACGGUGGAGAACCUCCAGCCGGCGACCCUGUACGUUUUCACGGUGGAGGCUGAGCGGUACCAAGUCUACAGCGGAGCCACGGAGCUCAGCGAUGCCACAGCUCCCAACAGGGUCAGGGACCUGAAGCUGGACACCCGGACCAACCACUCCAUCAGCCUCAACUGGACAUCCCCUGAGAACCCCCCAGAUAUGAACUAUAGCUACUUGGUAGCCUGGACUAGGGGCAGAGUCUCCGAUGGGAAAAUGAACACCAAUCUCACCCAGAUCACAGUGGACACUCUCGACCCUGGGACCUUAUACAAUUUCACAGUGGCGGCUCACAAGUACGACAUUGGCAGUGUAGUUGAGACCCUUCAGGUGGCCACAGUCCCUAACCAGGUGACGGACCUGAAGACAGUGGGCCGGGGCAACGAUUCCAUCGCUCUCAACUGGACGAUGCCCUUGGGCAGCCCAGACCCAGCCUACUGCUAUCGGGUCAACUGGACCCUGAGCGGAGCUGCCGGCGGGAUGCGUGACACCACGAACACUUCUAUGACCGUGGAGCAGCUCGAGCCGGCGACCCUGUACAACUUCAGCGUGGUGGCCCGGCGGCACCAAGUCUGCAGCGGAGCCACGGAACUCAGAGAUGCCACGGCUCCCAACAGGGUCAGGGACCUGAAGCUGGACACCCGGACCAACCACUCCAUCAGCCUCAACUGGACAUCCCCUGAGUACCCCCCAGACAUAAACUAUAGCUACUUGGUAGCCUGGACCGGGGGCAGAGUCUCCGAUGGGAAGAUGAACACCAGUCUCACCCAGAUCACAGUGGACACUCUCGACCCUGGGACCUUAUACAGUUUCACAGUGGCGGCUCACAAGUACAACAUUGACAGUGUAGUUGAGACCCUUCAGGUGGCCACAGUCCCUAACCAGGUGACGGACCUGAAGACAGUGGGCCGGGGCAACGAUUCCAUCGCUCUCAACUGGACGAUGCCCUUGGGCAGCCCAGACCCAGCCUACUGCUAUCGGGUCAACUGGACCCUGAGCGGAGCUGCCGGCGGGACGCAUGACACCACAAACACUUCUAUGACCGUGGAGCAGCUCGAGCCGGCGACCCUGUACAACUUCAGCGUGGUGGCCCGGCGGCACCAAGUCUGCAGCGGAGCCACGGAGCUCAGAGAUGCCACGGCUCCCAACAGGGUCAGGGACCUGAAGCUGGACACCCGGACCAACCACUCCAUCAGCCUCAACUGGACAUCCCCUGAGUACCCCCCAGACAUAAACUAUAGCUACUUGGUAGCCUGGACUGGGGGCAGAGUCUCCGAUGGGAAGAUGAACACCAGUCUCACCCAGAUCACAGUGGACACUCUCGACCCUGGGACCUUAUACAGUUUCACAGUGGCGGCUCACAAGUACAACAUUGACAGUGUAGUUGAGACCCUUCAGGUGGCCACAGCCCCAAACCAGGUCACAGAUCUGGGGGUGGAAGCCCACAACAGCAGCUUCAUGAUGCUCAACUGGACGGCCCCUUCUGGCCCCCCGGGCUCGGCCUACACCUACCGGGUCAACUGGACCCCGGGCGAACUCGCCAAUGGGACCACCGUCGACAACGGGACCGUCCUCUCCAACGGGACGUGCGACACCGAGGACCCCUGGUACACCGUGGGGCAUCUGACCCCCGGGAUCCCGUACGUCUUCAGCGUGCAGGCCGAGAGGGACGGGGUCCUCGGCUCGCCCCGGAGGAUCUCCGAGGCCACAGCUCCCAGCUCCGUCUCUGUCUCCUGCCACGGCGUGUCCGGGGGCUACAGAGUCUCCUUCAGGUGGUCCUGCCCCCAGGGAGCCCACCAGGCCUUCUCCUACCAGGUGGGGGAUGGACAGAGGGUCACGACUCUGGCUUGCGAGCAGCCGGUGGUGGUGGGAGGUCUACAGCCGGCCCGCUCCUACCCCGUCACGGUCUGGACGGUGUCCAACGAGAAGGAGGCCGCCUCAUCUCCCGUGGUCUGCUCCACUGACGACGCAGGAGUCAUCGCUGGCUCCAUCAUUGGCGUCCUACUCUUCAUUCUCCUGGCUGGGCUGCUAGUUUUCUUCUUGAUGCGGCGGAGAGAGAAGAUGGAGAAACCUCCUUCCGCAGACCUGUUCUCUAGGCCCCCCCAAGAUAUUCCUGCUCACCAUUUUGAGGAACACGUCAACAGGAAUCUGAGAGAUUGCAACUAUGGCUUUGCAAAGGAGUAUCAGGAAUUGGCAUCAGAGGGGCAGGGGCAGUCGCAGAUGGUGGCCAAACAGCCGGAAAACAAGGAGAAGAAUCGAUACAGCAACGUGCUGCCCUAUGACUCCUACAGGGUGCCCCUCCAGCUAAUCCCCGGGGAGCCCGGCUCCGAUUACAUCAAUGCCAGCUUCAUCCCCGGUUACGAGAACCCCCGGGAGUUUGUGGCCACGCAAGGCCCGCUUAACGUAACAGUGGGAGAUUUUUGGCGCCUGGUGUGGGAACAGGAGAGCGACACCGUGGUCAUGCUGACCAACUGCUUGGAGUCCAGCCGGGUGAAAUGUGAGCCCUACUGGCCCCUGGACUCCAAGCCCUGCACUUUUGGAGCCCUGAGGGUAACCCUAGUCUCCGAGACUGCGGCCCUUCACUGGACCCUGCGGGACCUCCAUCUGCAGCACACGAAGAAGUCUGAGACCCGCUCGGUCUGCCAGUUCCACUACACGUCCUGGCCGGACCACGGCACGCCCACCUCCCCGGAUCCUCUGCUGGCCUUCUGGCAACUGCUGCGGAGCAGCCGGCUGGACGUCAACAAGAUCGCGGGACCCCCCAUUGUCCACUGCAGCGCGGGCGUGGGCCGGACGGGGACCCUCUUGGCGCUGGAUUAUCUCCUGCGGCAGUUGGACCGAGAGGGCCGGGUCGGGGUCUUCAACUUCGUGCAGAGGAUGAGGUGGUAUCGCCCGCUCAUGGUGCAGACGGAGGAGCAGUACGUCUUCCUCCAUCAGUGCAUCCUUCGCUGGAGGAGGGGCUCUCCCCAUCCUCCGGAGAGGGGGAUCCGGACAGACGAGCUCCUGUCCUCGGUUCCUCCACCUUUCCCGGCCGCUCCGGGGAUCGCGUGUCCGCCCUGGGACCCGGAGAGAGGCUUCAGGAUGAGCGCCGUCCGCCGCUCGGCCAUCAUGGCCACGCAGCUCCCAGCAACCCCAACUGGACUCCCCCACAAUGGCACCCAAACCCCCAGAAAGGAGGACGUCUUUGCAAAUAUGAAGGACAAAUUUAUGAACCGGCUCAGCAAACUGCCUGUUCCCCCCUGGGCCCUGGCCACCAUCCUCAUCCUCGCUGGCCUCCUCCUGCUCUGCUGCUGCAUCUGCAUCUGUAAGAAAUGUUGUGGUCGGAAGAAGGGCAAGAAGGCCAAAGGCAAGGCCCAGAUCCAUUUGAAGGAGGUCAAGGAGCUGGGCAAGAGCUACAUAGACAAGGUGCAGCCCGAGGUGGAGGAGUUGGGCCCGGAGCUGGUAGGGGACGGGAAGCCGGAGAAGGAGGCAGAGCAGCUGGGCCGGCUCCAGUAUUCCCUGGACUAUGAUUUCCAGAGCAGCCAGCUGAUGGUGGGGGUCCUCCAGGCCGCAGACCUGGCGGCCCUGGAUAUAGGGGGCACAUCGGACCCCUACGUCAAGGUCUUCCUGCUCCCCGACAAGAAGAAGAAGUAUGAGACCAAAGUCCACCGCAAGACCCUGAACCCCAUCUUUGGGGAGACCUUCUCCUUCAAGAUUCCAUACGCGGAGCUGGGCGGGAAGGUGUUGGUGAUGGCGGUCUACGACUUCGACCGCUUCUCCAAGCACGACGCCAUCGGCGAGGUCCGCGUGCCCAUGAGUUCCGUGGACCUGGCCCGGCCCAUCGAGGAGUGGCGGGACCUGCAGUCUGCCGAGAAGGAAGAGCAAGAGAAGCUGGGAGACAUCUGCUUCUCCCUGCGCUACGUCCCCACUGCUGGCAAACUGACCGUCAUUGUGCUGGAGGCCAAGAAUCUCAAGAAGAUGGACGUGGGGGGGCUUUCUGAUCCAUAUGUGAAGAUCCACCUGCUGCAGGGAGGGAAGCGGCUGAAGAAGAAGAAGACCACCAUCAAGAAGAAUACGCUCAACCCCUACUACAACGAGUCUUUCAGCUUUGAGGUGUCCUUUGAGCAAAUCCAGAGGGUGCAGGUGGCACUAACGGUGUUGGACUACGACAAGCUGGGGAAGAACGAGGCCAUCGGGAAGGUGUUUGUGGGGCUGGGGGCAGGCGGCACGGAGCUGCGCCACUGGUCAGACAUGCUGGCCAACCCCCGGCGGCCCAUCGCCCAGUGGCACACCCUGAAGCCCGAGGAGGAGGUGGACACCUUGCUUGCCGGGCGGCCCUCCUGAACCGGGAGGCUCUGUGCCCCCUGCCCUCCCCGGCUUCCUUCCUUGGGACAAGGGACCCACAGCUUGAUGAGACGGGACAGAACCUCCUUUGUCCCCUCUCCGGCCCCUCUGUCUCCCCCUUUCUCCCCUCCCCGCCCCCGGCCUUUUCUCUUUCCCUCCCCCAGUCGACUCCCGACCCUCUGCCUUGAUCCCCUUUGCCUCCUCCUCUGUUUCCUCGCUUGGCCCUCUCUUCAUUUGCCCAGCCUGAGACCCAGGCAUGACAAUCAAACCAAAUCAGCAUGGAAGGCUGGCGGAGAGGGCAGGGGUGGAAAUACCUUCGAGAAAUGGGGGAAGGAUGAUGGGAAAGAAAGAGUGGGAGGGAGGGACCCCCUAGCCUGCCCCCUCACUCCUCCGUUUCUUCCACCUUGAGAUGCCAUCAAGGCCAAAUGACAGUGUUUAGAAGAGACUGGAGCUGGGGAGGGGUGUCUCUGAAGUUGCCUCUUGCCCCUCCCCAUUGGUUUCUGCUUUGACAAUCUCCACUCCCCCCACUUCUCCCCGUGCUCCCUCUGAAAACUAGAUGCUGAAAGGGAAGAUAACCUUCCCAUCCUCGGGUCCCUCCUGAGGGUAGCCAUCUUGUCCGGUUGCCUCCAUUCCCUCGGGUGGUGAGUUUUCCAGGCUCCCAUGACUUUCAGCCCUCAAGAGUCUCAACCCUCUGGAGUGGAGGGAGGCUCCCCCCAUUUAGCCUCUCUCCCCCUCCCAGUUGAGGGUCCAUGGGAUCGUGUCCCUCCGUCUGGAAUUUUCUUCCUCAGAGAGAAAACGGAGGCCAAGGGAUGUGUGUGAUCAUGGGAGCCGUGAGCACAGACCCUGCAGUCCCCCCACAUGUGUAGGGAAGAGGGGGUGACUCUGCUUCUCCCCUCCCAUAUUCCCCACCUCGCUUUCCCCCUUUCUAUCAGCGUUGUUCAGAACGGGUUUACCUAUGGCUGCACUGGAGGUUUGUUUUCCAGGACUGAAUAAAAGGCAGAGCGAGCUAUAGAUUUAACAAGUCUUGGCUGGUUCCCAUUGGCUUCGGUCCUAAUGCUCUCCCUUCCUGAUGUACCCCGUUUCCGCUCCCUCUAUCCAUUAAUUGAGCAUUCCUGGACUCCGGAUCUGCGUUCCACCCGUUUCCCGAACCACGCUUUCUGCUGGCAGAUGCACUGCUGUUUCUCAGAAGCAGCUGCGAUUCAGGAGGGAGGGGAGAGAGAAAGAAUGAGAGAGAAGGGGUGUGUGUGUGUGUGUGUCUGUGUGUCUGUGUGUCUGUGUGUCUGUGUGUCUGUGUCUCUCUCUACUCAGAUUCUCCGUUAACACGGACUCCGCUUUGGAGCUGCGCAACUUAGGAACCGGAUCCUCUAGACUGUAAGCUCACUGUGGGCAAGGGAUGCGUCUGUUAUAUUGUUAUAUCGUCCUCUCCUAAGCGCUUAAUACAGUGUUCUGUGCACAGUGAGCGCUCAAUAAAUACGACUGAAUGAAU